CGCCUAAUUUUCUAUUUCUCUCUCCUCGGGUCAAAUAGAGACAGAGGCAUCUGGAAUUCGCCUCCCUCACUCUCUACCUGUCGCGGACUCUAGAAGGGGAAUCACCCGUACGAUCAGCUGCAGUCUCUAGAUUGUGACGCGUUGGCAUUGCUCCGGGCGAUCCAAGCGUGGCCUUUCAGUCUGCGCCUGAAAGUUUAAAGUUCAAACUCAAGAACAAACGACAUGUCGGCCCUGCAACAACUCUUCGCGUCGUCUGAGCUGGAGGUGGUCGUUCCAGACACGUCUCUCGAAUAUCCGCCGCCGGUUGCCGCGGAUGGAUGGCUGGCGCGCUUGAGGAGUGGGAAGGCUGAGCGGUCGCAAGCGUACUUCGACGAGCAACUACAACCGCUUCUCAUUCUCCGAAUCGACCAGCCCCCGUCCUCGACCUCUAAGGACCCUGCGAAUCCGCCCAAGGAGCUCGUCACAUUCAUCUCCCACCUUCAGAUCUCGCUCGAAGCGACUUACAUCUCAUCCGUCCCUGUGCACUCGCCCCAAGAGGAUCCCCUUCGCACCGCACGCCUGGCUGCGCCCCCGCGCACGGCAUCUCUAGGGCCGAAGCGGGCGAACCAUCCUUCGAUAUUUCCGCCCAGCACACCCAACCCGACGCCGCUGUCGGCGGAGAGCGAUAAACGCUAUCUGCAGUCGGAAGGCACCCUGUUGCUAGCGGGGAUCUGGGGCCAGAACACGGCAGAGAACUCGAAGGAGGCGUUCUCGUUGCUGUGGUCCGACGAGGAGGAUAACUGGGUUGCGGUGUACCGACUUGGUCUGACUGUCUCGUUUUUAAGGCUGGCUGUCAGCGACCCGCUGCUAUGCCUGACGGUCUCUUCGACGCUGCGUGACCGUCCGCAGACGCUCAACCGCCCCAACCAUCCAUUAUCUGCCUUCCUUUCUUCCCUCGAGUCCUUGACAUCCAACACAGCUCCAUCAAGUCCAUCCACCCCGAACGGGGUACCUACGCCCGGAGGAAACGACAGUAUCGAUCCCAUACUCUCCGGGCUUCCGGAGGUGAACCUCUUUGAAGGAUUGUCUGGUGGACCCACAUUCCCUCCUUCCGAACUAGACCUCCCGAGUGCUCGGCUGGGGUCCGUCUCGCGACUCAAAUUGUUCACCCUACAGCCUCUCUCGCCAGGUACCCCGCUACCUGCGGCAUCGCCUUCCCCGAUGACGGCCACCGGGCGGUCGCAGUCGAUAUCCAUCUCGGCGCCCGCGACGAUGCGCAAGAGCUUCCGCAAAACGCUGCCCACGGUGUCUGGAUUCCGGGUGCGCAUGCGGACUGUGUUCGUGCCGGCUGUAUUAUUUGCAGACAUAAUGGACGACAGCUCGGACCCGGAGGAUCCGGACCGGCUGGAAGCGGGAACAGAUGAGCGGACGGUGAUGCUGUGUGUUGAGCUGGAGAACUCGAGCGGCUCCGGGCGAACUGUGGGCUUUGAGGUGGACCGAGUGGAAGUGAAGGUGGGCGGGUCGGACGACGGCGAUGCAAAGGCGGUGUUGAUUGGGUGGUCUGGAGCGGAUGGGCAGUCGUCGGUGUUCCCGCUACGAGUGGCAUCGAGCGAGCAGUACAACCUGCUGUACGCUGUCUCGUUCCUCCGAUCCCCGGACGAGGCGCUUGCGAUGGGCUUGGUCAAAGAUGGUGCGGCCCAGCAGAUGCUGCAAAGGUCUGUGACCAUUGGGAUAUUCGGCCGGCCGUACCUUUCGCAAGACAUGCCGUAUCCCACUCAGAUCUUUUGCUCCAAGUGGAACUGUAUCCUCGACCUCUCUGCGCAGCCACACCCGGAGCCAGAAGACGAGUUCCGCGAUGGGGAUGUCCAGUUGCAGAUUCCCAGCGUGAUGCCAGAGCCGGCGUCUCCCUUCCCGACGAAUCCGCGAAACCGCUCGGAUAGUCUAAUCAAUAUGCUCAAAGAUUCCUCGUCGCCCGGCCCCACCAAACGACACACGCUGCCCGGGGGCCAGGCGCUCGUUGCUGCACGUGCCAUCGGCAUGAAACCAGGCACCGGGGUUGGGUACCGGGCGUCGACGUCGAUGCUCAACCCGUCCAACAGCCGGAUCGGGUCUCCGCCGAUUCCACCGCCGCGAUCGAAUUCAUAUACCCCUCCGUCGGUCACGCUCUCGGCCAGCAUGCCGCGCUCGCCAACGACGUUCAGCGCCGACCAGCCCCGUCUCUCGGUGGACCCAAACUACCAGCCAUCGGUUCCCAUGACGCCGGCGUACCCCUCGUACCCGACAUGGUCGGCCGUGCCGCCGACACCGCCGGGCGUCGCUGCGCAGUCCAACACGCAGGGCAUCGGCAGCGGGCCCUUGGGCCGGAGCGUCGAGAUCCGCCGCGAGAGGGGGGCGCCGGUUGGAACAGGCACGCUGCCGAUUCCGGUCACGCCCGGCCCGGUGCUUGCCGUCGGUGGCGGUGGCUUCGCCGGACUCAACGCGAGUGUGUCUGGCACCGCCAUCGACGAGGGCCCGGAGUAUGAAGUUGACCAGGAUGCGGCUAGGAACGGCGAGGCGAUUGUUGUGUCGGUCGGCUUGCUGGCUUCGGGCUCUCAGAGCGAUGCAGACAAGAACGCCGACCUGGGGAAAACGGCGGGGAGCGUCGUGCGGGACGAGAUCAACAAGAUUUUCCCACUCGAUCACUUCACGCUCGAUAUCUUUGUGUUCAACCAGAGCGAGUGGACACGCCGUUUCGAGGUCACGUGUCCGGAUAGACGCCGAGGGCGGGCGAGAAAUCCGGGAGAGAAGGUGCCGUCGCCGGGCAUUGUGCCGUUGGACAACAGAGUUCGCAUUGGUCCGCUUCUGCCUGCGGCCUGCCAGUCGGUGAGGAUGGAGUUCCUCGCCGUGACACCCGGCGUACAUCCGAUCGAUACUCUCACUCUGACCGACGUAGUCUCUGGCUACUCGCUUAACCUCAGAUCGGUAAUGGACAUUGUGGUCCACGAACCUGACGACGAGGCUUGACCUUAUCUGAGCUAUUCUACACUGUGCAUUGUAUUUAUUAUUUCUCAGCGUUCACAGGGCUUCCACUUGGGCGUGUCACCGCGACAUAAGACAGACAUUUUGAGACUCAGAUUUCAAAGGUAACUAGAACAUCGAGACAUGGGUGAUAGUGCAUGUACAUGGGCUACAUGAAAGUGCCGCGGAGUGCCGUUGGAGUGCCGCAAAACAUUUGGAGUGCCGCAUGUUCGAGCCUGGAGUGCCGCAGGAUUUCUGUCACGCACCGCAGACGUCACGCUGGAGUGCCGCAGCGACCUACGGGGCAGGAUAUUUACAUAUCUAUGUUUGUACAAUUUCAUUGAAAGUACUCAAAAGAAGCAAUCGGCAGGCCAAGGCAUUGUCACCGUAUUUCUGAGCAAUGGUCCUCGCGGUGCUGAUGUCCCAUCAAUA